AUGACAGAAACCAUCUCUGUGAAGUCGGGCGAGUCCGCUUACGAGGGCUUCGACUCGAACGCAGAAAACCAGGUUCGUGACUUGGCAAGAGAGCUGACCCAAACCUCUUUACAUCAAACUGAUAAGACUCGCGAUACAGAUGCCAAGUCUUUGAUACGCACUUUGACAACAUACUCCCAGGUUCCAGGCGUUAACCCGUUUGUAAAGGACGGCGUGGACUCCAGACUGGACCCAGACUCGGACGAUUUCGACUCCAAGCUAUGGAUCCAGAACAUGCGUGUGCUGAUGGACUCUGAUCCCGAUUACUACAAGCCGGCCACGCUCGCUGUCGCCUUCCGUAACCUUCGCGCUCGUGGUGUCGUUUCCGGCGAGGACUACCAAACCACCUUUGUCACGGCCCCGCUCAAGUUCGUCAUGGAGACCUUUAAUAACACUUUCAGAAGCAAGGUCGAGUCGCGGUAUUUUGAUAUUCUGAAACCAAUGGACGGACUGCUGCUUCCUGGAACCUUCACACUUGUUUUGGGUCGUCCUGGUGCAGGAUGUUCCACCUUCCUGAAAACCAUCGCUUCGCAGACUUUUGGUUUCAAAGUUGCUCCCGAAAGUGUCAUCUCCUACAACGGCUUCACUCCAAAAGAUAUCAUCAAGCACUACAAGGGAGAAGUCACGUUUUCGGCCGAAAACGACGAGCACUACCCUCAGCUUACUGUUGGUCAGACCUUGGAGUUUGCUGCUAGGUUGAAGACCCCAAAGAACAGACCGGAGGGUGUGUCUGCCGACGACUAUGCCAUCCACAUGGCCAAGGUUUAUAUGGCCACAUACGGUCUUUCGCACACUUUCGACACCAAGGUCGGUAACAACUUCAUCAAGGGUGUUUCUGGUGGUGAGCGUAAGCGUGUUUCCACUGCCGAGCUCUCGUUGUGCGGAUCCAAAAUCCAAUGUUGGGAUAAUUCCACCAGAGGUUUGGAUUCCGCCACUGCUUUGGAAUUUUUGAGAGCCUUGAAGACAUCUGCCACCGUGAUGAACACUACGCCCCUCACUUCUGUUUACCAGUGCUCGGAGGACUCCUACGACCUGUUUGAUAACGUCAUGUUGCUUUACGAAGGCUACCAAAUUUAUUUUGGUCCAGCCACCAAGGCCAAACAAUUUUUCGAGACCAUGGGAUACGAAUGUCCUCCAAGACAAACCACGGCCGACUUUUUGACCUCGUUGACUUCUCCUUCAGAGAGAGUCGCCAAGCCAGGAAUGGAGCGCAAAGUCCCACAGACUCCUCAGGAGUUCUACGAGUACUGGAUGAACUCUCAGGAGCACAUCGAUCUUGUGGCUGCUACCGACGCCUACAUCCAGAAGUCUCUCGAUGAGGAUCACCGUGCCGAGUUCAGAGAAGCACAUAUCGCCAGACAGGAGAAAGGUGCUCGUCCAAAGUCUUCAUACACCAGUACGUAUCUCACCCAAGUGAGAGAGAAUAUGCGUCGUUACUGGUGGAAGACCAAAGGUGAUCCAGGUAACCUGAUUUUCAUGGUCAUCUCGAGAAUUAUCAUGGGAUUGGUCAUUUCUUCGCUUUACUACAACCUGAAAACAACCACGUCCUACUUUUACUACCGUGGAGCUGCUAUGUUCUUUGCUACCAUGUUCAACGCCAUGGCUUCGGUUAUGGAAGUUCUUUCUUGUUUCGAAGCCAGAGCCAUUGCAGAAAAACACAAGAAGUACGCAUUGUACCACCCAUCAACAGAUGCUCUCGCUUCCAUUGUCAUUGAGGCUCCUAAUAAGGUGUUGAUCAGUGCAUGCUUCAACCUGAUUUUCUAUUUCAUGGUCAACUUCCGCAGAAAUCCUGGUUCGUUCUUCUUCUACUUGUUGAUGAACCUCACCAGUACUUUUGUGUUGUCUCAUAUGAUGAGAUCGCUUGCUUCUGGUUUCCGGACUCUUUCUGAGGCCAUGACACCAACCAUGUUUGUGAUUAGUUGUUUGGUUCUGUACACAGGUUUUGCUAUCCCUGUCAAGAACAUGCACGGAUGGUCUCGUUGGAUCAACUAUUUGGAUCCAAUCGGAUACUCUUUCGAGGCUUUGAUGGCUAACGAGUUCCACGGAAGACAUUUCGAUUGCGACGAUUACAUUCCAAACUAUCCCGGAAUUUCCAUGGCCAACAAGAUCUGCAACACCGUUGCUGCUGUUCCAGGCGCUUCUUCUGUUUCCGGAACCGACUUUAUUCGCCUGUCUUACAACUACUAUGCUAAGCACAAGUGGAGAAACUGGGGUAUCAACAUGGGAUUUGUGAUUUUCUUCCUGUUUGUCUAUCUCUACAUGGUUGAGUACUCCAAGAGUGCUUUGCAAAAGGGAGACGUUGUGCUUUUCCUGCACCACUUUGGAAAGAGCAAGAAGAAGACUGUUGCCAAGCAAGAUAUCGAGACCGGAUCGAGCGACGAGAAGCCCGAAUUCUUGAAAGACGAGGCUGGUUCUUCGGAAGAAUCUGGCCGUAUCCUUGAGAGUAAAGGUGUUUUCCACUGGAGAGACGUCACCUACGAUAUCAAGGUUGGAAAGAAGCCAAAGAGAAUUUUGGAUCACAUUGACGGUUGGGUCAAGCCUGGUACUUUGACAGCAUUAAUGGGUGUUUCUGGAGCAGGUAAGACCACGCUUUUGGAUGUCUUAGCCAACAGAGUUACUAUUGGUGUUGUUACCGGAUCAAUCAUGGUCAACGGUAAUUUGAGAGACCAGUCUUUCCAGAGAUUCACCGGUUACGCCCAACAACAGGAUGUCCACCUGGUGACAGCCACUGUUCGUGAAGCUUUGCGGUUCAGUGCUUACUUGCGUCAAGACGCUAGCGUUCCCAAGAAGGAAAAGGAUGACUACGUUGAGGAAAUCAUCAGCAUUCUGGAGAUGGACCAGUAUUCGGAUGCUAUCAUUGGUGAGCCUGGUGAAGGUUUGAACAUUGAACAACGUAAGAGACUCACCAUUGGUCUUGAGUUGGUUGCCAAGCCUCAAUUGCUUUUGUUUUUGGACGAACCAACUUCGGGAUUGGACUCCCAAACUGCCUGGUCUGUGUGUCAACUGAUGAGAAAGCUUUCAAACAACGGACAAGCUAUCUUGUGUACUAUCCAUCAGCCUUCUGCCCGUCUUAUUCAAGAGUUCGACCGUCUACUCUUCCUUGCUAGAGGUGGUAAGACCGUUUACUUUGGGGACCUUGGUCCACAUUCCCAGACUUUGAUUGACUACUUUGAAAAGAACGGCGCCGAGCCAUGUCCAGCAAACGCCAACCCUGCCGAGUGGAUGCUGGAAGUCAUUGGUGCUGCGCCAGGAUUCCAUUCCAAGAUAGACUACCACGAUGUUUGGCUCAAGUCUCCAGAAAGAGCUGCCGUUUUGGAGGAACUGCGUGCACUUGAAGAGAAUGCUGUGGCUCCGGACGCUGCUGAAAAGGCAAAAGACAGCGAGUUUGCAACCUCCUUCCUGUUCCAGUUGAAGAUGGUUACUAGGCGUAACCUUCAACAAUACCUCAGAACUCCAUCUUACUUGUGGAGUAAGUUUUUGAUGGCCAUUGCUGUGUCCCUGUUCAACGGUUUCACUUUCUUCCAUGCUAAAAGGUCUAAGCAAGGACUGCAAAACCAGAUGCUUUCCAUCUACUUGAUGUGUAUGCCUGGUAUGGUUUAUUUCCAGCAAUUGCUUCCACUUUUCACUGCAUACAGAGAUGUUUACGAGGUCCGUGAAAGACCUUCUAAGGCAUACAGCUGGUACGCCUUUAUUUCUGGUUCUUUGCUUGCUGAGCUGCCAUGGGGAUUUCUUACCGGUACCUUGAGUUUCGUCUGCUGGUACUUGCCAAUUGGUCUGUACAAGGACGCAGAACAAACUCAUACCGUGAGCGACCGUGCAGCACUCAUCUGGUUGUUGCUAUGUGUGUUCUACAUUUACUCCAUCACCUUGGGUUAUUUUACCUCGGUCGGAUUUGCUGUGAUGGCCAAGGGUAUGAACAACGCGUUCAUCAUUUUCAUGCUUUCGAUGAAUUUCUCUGGUGUUCUGAAGUACCCAACUGGUUUCUGGACCUGGUUGUACCACGUUUCGCCAUUAACAUGGUGGAUUUCCGGUAUUGUUUCCGCUGGUAUUCGUGACACUAGAAUCGUUUGCUCUGACAUUGAAUUGGUGACCAUCACACCAGUUUCUGGUCAAACCUGCGGCCAGUACCUGAGCAAGUACAUCAGCGAGCUUGGUGGCUACCUGGUCGAUGAGAACGCAACAGAUUCUUGUCAAUUCUGCUCCAUGGCCAACUCCAACGCGUUCUUGGAGAGCAGACACAUGCAGACUCAAUAUGGUUGGAGAAACUUUGGAAUCAUGUGUGCCUACACUGGCUUCAACAUCAUCUUUAUCUUUAUUUUCUACUACGUCUACCGUGUUCCUAAGAAGAGCAACAGAGUGGAGGACGAGACCUUCUACGUUGAGGAAGAGGAAGAAGAAGAAGAAGAGAAGCCAAAGAAAUGGUUCCAGAGGUUCGGAAAGAAAUGA